ACACUCCCCGGUGAAUUAAAGAUCUGUCUCCACAGUCAAUCUGCGAGGUCCUUUAUGAAUCGGAAUCUUUCACGGAAACAUGUAAAUUAGUGUUUCCAUGUGAGGUCCUGUACAUCUGAAGGUUGAAGGGACAAGCUGACGUGUAGCUAAUGCCAGUAAAGCAGAAUCAGUGUUUUAUGAGUUUAAAAAUGUUGUGUCACAGUCCUUAAUUAUUAAUGGGCUGUAAUUCAAUUAUUAAAUAGACUAUGCAGUUGUAUUCUGUUGCUACCAAACUGCUGGACUACUUUCUGCACGGCCAGCAGAAUAGUGGGAAGGAAGACUAGUUGAAAUAUUACACAGAUCAGAAUUAUUUGAGAAACAUUCAUUGAUAACACGGAUCCCGUGAAUGUUAAUAAGAAUAUUCUGUAUGUGCAGAAAUGUUUCUCUCACAGUCGUGUGCUUUGUGGGAUGAAGUUUAGUCCAAUGACCUUCAGUACUGUUCCCCGGGCAAAGCUGAAAUUCAUUUCAUAAUAUAAUAGAUAUUUUCAGAGAGGCAACAGAUAUUUACGUGAGACUGUCACUAUUGUGUUAUUCUUUAGGGGUAUUGUGUGCAUGCGCAUUUAUUUUUCUGCUUAUUGUGCACCCUCUCGCCUGUUCUACGCGUCUUAUUAUUCAUACGAGGGGUGUUCACACGGUAAAGUUUGCAGACAUUUGCCGUCCACACCCACGUCAUUACGAUACCAGAGACAAACAUUCACAUCACGCUGUCUGUACGCGCUCCGGCCGCGCAACCGGGCAGUGUUCAGGUGAAAUGUAGCUCAACUUGGCGCGGACAGGCUCUGCUGGAGAAUAUGUGUCGACAAUGGAGAGGAAACGGCGAAGGAUGUCGAUGAGCAACCCACCGAGACAGACCAGACCAGAUCCGCCGCAAUGAGCGCCUCCUUCCCAAAAUCUGAUUCCACAACCUCCUUACUGAAAUCAUCCUCGGCGGCUAAGAGAGCGACACACCUCCCUGAACACGCAGCGGAAAGCCGGAGAAGUCAGCAUCACCAUCCGCACCAGCACCAGCAUCAGCAUCAGCAUCACCACCGUCCCGCCGCACUCCACGGCAGCAGCAAAGCCGAUGAGUCGUUUUGGUCGGCCGAAUGCGACAUCAGUGCCCGUAGACCCUUGUGCCAUCCCUCCCUAGUCGGCAGCCAGGACAGUAGUAAUAAUGCUGCCACUCGGGGCAAGUGCAAGUCACAUGCGCCUCACAGCCAAGUUCCCGUGGCGCCGGAGCCAAACGGCGAGGCAGGCCGAAGUGUGAGAGAGCGCUGCAGGACGUCCAAGCCCACGCACCGUCACCACCAUCGAAGGAAGCACAACCGAGAGGACCGUCCACCGGCAGCGGGUCCACCUGAACCCGAGCACCCCCGACGCUGUCACACUCACGCCCGCCCGGUCCCCAGAGUGCCCUCCCUGUCGGACAGCAACGACGACAGGGCUCCUCUCUGUCAGCCGAGGCAGCAUAAGGGGGCCAGUGUGGUCAACAGUAGCGGCCAGGAGGUCAGCAGUCCAUCCCCGUCUUCUUGCUCCCUGGUCCCGUUGUCCAGCAGGUCCUCUCGUCGCUCACGAAGGUCCAGUGCUGCAUCUUCUGCAUCUGAUAUCAAUUUACGCACCAUCCUAAAUUCACUCUUUGGCCAGACGCUUCAGGAUGCUGAGAGGAGACUCAGGGUGGUGAUGUCCUGUGAGGAGAUGGUCCCGGCAGGGUACCUCCGACCUUAUCAGGACUCCAUUGUUUCCAUGACACAAAACUGCGUUCUCGUGAGCAACAUAAUGGGACAAACCUGUGUCUUCCUGAGUAAAGGCGUGGCAGAGUGCAGGCAGGCUGACAGAGAGCUGCGGCCAGAAGAAAUGGACGAGUUGCGAGAUGCUUUCAAAGAGUUUGAUAAAGACAAGGACGGUUUCAUCAGCUGUAAAGAUCUAGGAAACUGUAUGAGGACAAUGGGAUACAUGCCCACGGAAAUGGAGCUAAUAGAACUGAGCCAGCAGAUAAACAUGAACUUGGGAGGUCACGUUGAUUUUGAAGACUUUGUAGAGUUGAUGGGCCCCAAACUCCUUGCUGAAACUGCAGAUAUGAUUGGAAUAAAAGAGUUAAAAGACGCAUUUCGGGAGUUUGACACAAAUGGAGAUGGUGCAAUCAGCACAUCUGAGCUUCGAGAUGCCAUGAGGAAGCUGUUGGGCCAACAGGUAGGUCUAAAGGAAGUAGAAGAUAUCCUGAGGGAUGUGGACUUGAAUGGUGACGGACUUGUUGACUUUGAAGAGUUUGUGCGAAUGAUGUCUCGCUAGUAUCAUGAAAAUGAUCGGUCCUGAAUGUGAAGCUAUGUCCUUCUCUACAGUAGACCAAUUACAACAAAGGACAUGCAAAGAUCUUCUGAGCCAUCCAAAUCUGAAUGACACUGGAAAUAAAACUCCUUGAAUGUUAUGGAACGAGGAGUCACCUCACACUUUCCAUCAAUAAGUGUUCUUCCUGAAAAAGUCUCCAGUUCAACUGUGGCAGAAUUUGCUGUAGCCUAGCUGAUGAUUGACUAAUUUAUGUUUUUUGCACUUUAAUUCUCACUAAAUAACUUCCUGUGUGGACAGAUUACAGACGUCUUGUCUUAUCUUCUACAUGGUUUAAUUAAGUGUCUUGAAAAAUUGUCUCCUUUGAUGUACAACAGCAUCAGAGUAAGAGACUGAAUGUCUGUAGAAAAGAUGUAAAAAAUAAGUGCGCUGUGGAAUAUUUCACCACGUAUUCACACAGUAUGUGUUAAAUAAGGAAUUGUAAGUGGAAAGACCUUUGCGUGACAUUGGUGCUCCACCACGGAAACCCAUGUGGCAAUAUCACACCUGUAUUGUAACUGUGUGACCAUCUGUGAUUGUUCACUGUGCCAGUCCAGUCUGAGAAAAAAGCCUCACUGUCUAACAUUCAUCAAGGAAAAUCACAGGCACUAAUGAACACUGAACUCUGAAAUGCCUUUCGUGUAUGUCAUUCACUUGGGAGUUGAAACAAUAUUGGCAAUAUGAUACAGUCUGUCAAAGGUUAAACCCAGAAAACCAAAGUGUUUAAUAACUGUAGUCGGCUGCAGUUUGCAGCUAAAUGGAGCAUCUCCGGACUUUUAGUCUUGUUCACAGGUUUAAAUUCCCAGAAUCUUUCAUGUAUGUUUUGGAACGAAUAACGGCUGUUUUUAAAAUGCAUUUUUCCUGUCUGACAUCAUACAGUAUGACAUAUAUGAUCUGUAUAUACAGUGGACGUGAUUAUGUUGUACCUGUAUUGUAUGUCAUUGUCAUUAUUACUGUAGUCGUGGUAACAUUCCACACGUCUGUGUUGUCAAAGAAAUUUUUAUGCAUGCCAAAGAGACACAUUUAUUAAAUUCAGUAUGCACAUUUGCAGUUUUGUCUAACAAAGUAAACAAAAAUACUUCGCCAAGUUAACUGUAGAAAAUUAAAAAGUAUUUCAGACCCUUUUAUUUUGGUAAUGUUGCCAAGGAAUAUUUGGAAAAUGGUUUGUUAUCUAGACAUCCAAUGAAAACACACACUGAUAACAAA